CCAGCAUUAUAAAAUGGGACGGAGGGAGUAGUAAAAAUUUGAAAAUAAAUAAAUUUUGUUCCAUUUGAGCUAGGAAAAGGCCAGAAAUUGUUUCUAAUUUUUUUCGAAUUCCAUGACUGGACUAGAAAGUCAGCUACCUUCUAAGUUCUCCCUCGAGUCUUCAUUUCUCCGACACUCUUUUCAUCGCUACAGAGAUGAAGCACAUCAAAUCGGCCGCCCGUAAGAUCUCCCGGAUUGUCAACGAGAGAAAACGUCUCAUGAGAGCCAUGGGGUCAUCAGUUUCUUACGGGGAACUGUGCAACUUGCCGGUGCCGAGGGAAAGAGUGGACGCGGUGGUAGUAGGAGCAGGGGUGGUGGGCAUAGCGGUGGCGCGUGAGCUUUCUGUGAAGCACGGGAGGGAAGUUUUGGUCAUCGACUCUGCACCCACGUUCGGCACCGGAACGAGCUCUCGCAACAGUGAGGUCAUCCAUGCCGGGAUCUACUAUCCUCCCCAUUCUCUCAAGGCAAGAUUUUGCAUGAGAGGAAAAGAGCUCCUGUACGAGUACUGCAAAGCUCAUGAAGUUCCUCAUAAAGAGAUUGGCAAGCUGAUUGUUGCUACUAGCUCUUCAGAGAUCCCAAAGCUGAGUGCUUUGAUGUCCAGAGGAAUUGAAAAUGGGGUUAAAGGUCUCAAGCUCAUUGAGCCUUAUGAAGCCAGAAGGGUAGAACCGGAAUUGCAUUGUGUUAAAGCCUUAUGGUCACCUUCUUCUGGAAUAGUUGACACUCAUUCCCUAAUGCUCUCACUAGUGGGGGAAGCUGAAAGUCAUGGCACAACUUUCACCUUCAACACUACGGUGAUCGGUGGCUACAUUGAUGGGAAUCAAAUUCACAUACAUGUCUCUGAGAGCAAAACUCUUUCAGACUGGAAUGGGAAAUCUCAGCUCUGCCCAGAACUUAUUCUUAUUCCUAGAUUGGUAGUGAACUCUUCAGGCUUAAGUGCAACAGCCGUGGCAAAACGGUUUGGUGGACUGGAUGGUCGAUUCAUUCCCAAUGCUCAUUUUGCCCGUGGUUGCUAUUUUACUCUCUCAACCUCCAAGAAUCCGUUCGCGCAUUUGAUUUAUCCCAUACCCGAAGUCGGUGGUCUUGGGGUUCAUGUCACCCUAGAUUUAAAUGGGCAAGUCAAGUUUGGCCCUGAUGUCGAAUGGAUAGAUGGCAUUGACGAUGUUUCAAACUUUCUAAAUAUGUUUGAUUAUUCGGUACGCGAAGACCGUGACCAGAAAUUCUAUCCAGCAAUAAGAAAAUACUACCCCGGCCUAAAGGAUGGGACCCUCAAGCCUGGUUAUGCUGGUAUUCGACCCAAACUUUCUGGCCCGGAAGAAGGCUUCACCGAUUUUAUAGUGCAGGGAGAAGACAUUCAUGGCAUACCUGGUCUUGUGAAUCUGUUUGGUAUCGAAUCGCCAGGCCUGACUUCAAGUUUGGCCAUUGCAGAGCAUGUUGCUGCUAAAGUAUGAAGCAGAUGAUUUUGUGGUCAUACUUGGGCACACAGAUUUACUAUAUUAAGGGCAAUUUGGUAAAUUUCUACCUUUUUCAUCUCUAAUUAAAAUUGAUGAGAAAUCAGUUUGAGAAAGUUUAGGAGACUAGUAUUAUACAUGAUCAGAAGAGGUGGAAACGUAAAAAACCAUAUAUGAAGUACAUAAAAAAAACAUCGUACUUCGCCAAUGAUGUCGUAAACCCCCAUGUAUACGUAUACAACAUCAUCAUAUACAUACAUGGGUCGCGGUGCCUGGCCUCUCUUCGUGGUGAUGUUCAAUCUGAGUUCAUCAUGUCAUACGUUCCCCGGCCCAUGUAUGUAUAUGAUGAUGUUGUGUACAUAUAUUAAGGGUGGUUGUUUCAAAGCCGGAACAAAAAUAAUGGUAAACAAACGUGCAUAAACAUUCUGUUCUAUU